AUGUCUCAUCCCCAAUCCAUCUUCCACCAUACCACCUUAACACCAGGUUCCCUCCUCCACCGUCGGAGGACUACAGUCUCAAAGACAACACUGCAUACACAGCUCAAAAGACUCCGCGAGACCGGUCGCUACGAUUGUUUCAAACUGAAAUGGCAUGAGAUUUAUGCGGACAAAUCCAUGUGGCCUGUUCCAUUCCAUCUCUUCUGGGACAGCGACAUAGCGAAGUGGAUCGAGGGUGCUUGUUAUUUUCUUCAUGAUGAGUUUGAUACUGAAAUCGAUGCUGCGGUGAGAGAUUUGGUCGAAAUGAUACGGUCGGCGCAGCAGGAUGAUGGAUACUUAAAUGUUCAUUAUACUGUUGUUGAGCCGCGAAAGCGGUGGACGAAUCUGCAGGAUAUGCAUGAAUUAUACAACGCUGGUCAUCUCAUCGAAGCAGCCCUAGCUCACCACCAGUACUACAAGAACAACCUUCUUUUGGAGCCAAUGGAGAAAUACGUUGCCUUGAUUCACCGUACCUUUGGACCGGACGAGAACCAACUGCACGGAUACCCUGGACAUCCCGAGAUCGAAUUGGCUCUGUUCCGCUUAUACCAGACCACCGGAAACAAGGACGCUUACGAUCUAUCCCGAUACUUCCUCGAAGAACGGGGAAACCACAAAGGUCAGGACGGACAGCAUUACUUUGAAUGGGAGUCGAAGCAACGUGGUCAGAGUCUGUACCAUCGACCUGAUCCCUACCCUGAGCACGGGUCUCAUUGGUACUGCCAGGCUCAUCAACCAAUUCUGGAACAACAGACCGUCGAGGGGCAUUCUGUACGCGCAAUGUAUCUUCUCACCGCUGUAGCCGACAUGCUCUGCAUCGAUAAAUCUGGCUCUCGAUCACUCUCUUCCUCAUCAAGUUGGAAAGACGCCGUAUACCGCCUCUGGGACAACAUGGUGACCAAAAAGAUGUACCUCACCGGCGGUAUCGGCGCCAUUAAACAGUGGGAAGGUUUCGGACGUGAUUAUUUCCUCCCUCAAUCCACCGACGAAGGCGGAUGCUACGCCGAAACCUGUGCAUCCAUUGCGGUCAUGAUGCUUGCCGAGCGACUGCUGCAUAUAGAGCUUGAUGCAAAGUAUGGGGAUGUCAUGGAACUCUGUUUGUAUAACAAUGUCAUGACGGCUAUGAGUCUUGAUGGAAAGGCGUUUACGUAUGUUAAUCAGCUUGGGAGCUCGGAGAGUGAUAAGAGUGUGAGGGAGGAGUGGUUUUGGUGCGCUUGUUGUCCGCCGAAUGUGACGCGUUUGUACGGAUCGUUAGGGGGAUAUCUUUGGGACUUUGGGGAGGAGAAUGGGAAGGAGGUGUUUGUGAAUGUGCAUUUGUAUACGAAUGCCGAGUUGAAGAUUGGGGUUGGGGAGGGGGAGGUUGUUCUUCGGCAAGAGACGGAAUGGCCGUGGGAUGGACUCGUCAAGUUUCGACUUACGAGUCCUGCGGCGGUGAACACCACGAUACGACUCAGGAUUCCGGGGUGGUCUCGGAAUCAGUAUACCCUGGAGCCGAAGCCUAACGAAGGUAGUGUUCACUUGCACAAAGGCUAUCUCACUCUCGAUCCAGCUUACACGGCUACGAAUCCCGCCUUCUCAAUCACAAUCGGCAACUUCACGCCUCGUUACAUUGCUCCGCACCCAUACACGAACCAGCAUACUCUGACACUUGCUCGAGGACCACUAGUGUACUGUAUCGAGGAUGCAGACAAUGCAUGGGAAGAUAAUCACUUCAAGGAUGUUGGGCUCAAAGCGGGUAUUGCGGUCAAGGAGGAGAGGUUAUGUAUUAGUGGGACAGAUGAAGAGUAUAUUGCGUUGAGGACUUCAUGCUGGAGACGCAGUGGGAAGUUGGAGGAGGCAAUGUCGACACCUGGUUUUGAUGUUGGGGGACAGGGAUCCAGGUUCGAUGAUGAGAGGGAGGGUGUCUUUGUGCCGUAUUACCUUAGGGCUAACCGAGGGGGAAACGGGCAUAUGAGAGUUGGACUGCAUCAUAUACAGGGCUAGGUCAUCUCUUAGCAAGAACAUAAAAUAGAUAUGUCGAGACUCUAUCACUUGGAUUUGCU